AUUACGGUGAACAACCUCAGCUUUUCUUAAGCCCAACUUCUCAAACAUUUUUUUGGCUACCCUCAAUAAAAUCCUCCCAACUCAUUCCCUCUCAAGCUCUCUUUACCAACCCAAGUGCAUCCCAUGGCCCAAGUGGUUUGUGAAGUGUCGAGUGGUGAAAAACAGCCCAUUGUAUUCGAUGCUUCUAUUCUUCAAUACCAAUCCAAUGUCCCCGCACAGUUCAUAUGGCCCGACGAGGAGAAGCCAUCUAUAGACCCACCAAAACUCGAUGUUCCUAUCAUUGACUUGGGAGCUUUCCUUUCUAAUGACCCAUUGGCCACUGAAACAAUAGUUGGCCUCGUUGAUGAAGCAUGCAGGAAUCAUGGAUUCUUUAUGGUAAAAAAUCAUGGUGUUGAUUUGCAGCUUCUUGAUAGAGUUGGCAAAAAGAUGGACCAGUUUUUCCAUAUGUCACUUUCAGGGAAGCAAAAGGCGCAGAGAAAGGUUGGGGAAAAUUAUGGAUAUGCUAGUAGCUUCACUGGCAGGUUCACCUCCAAGCUUCCAUGGAAAGAGACUCUUUCCUUUCGAUAUUGUGCUAAUGAUGAGUCUGCUGACGUUGUGAAGAAAUAUUUCUUGGAUGUCUUAGGCGAAGAAUUUAGAGAGUUUGGGAAUCUAUACCAACAAUAUGCUGAGGUUAUGAGUAAUCUUUCGCUUACGAUAAUGGAGCUUUUGGGCAUAUGCCUAAAUGUUGGUCGAGCCACUUUUAGAGAUUUCUAUGAAGACAAUGAUUCAGUGAUGAGAUUGAACUACUAUCCCCCAUGCCAAAGAUCUGAUCUGGCACUUGGAACUGGCCCCCAUUGUGAUCCCACAUCUCUGACCAUCCUUGAACAGGAUCAAGUUGGCGGUCUGGAAGUGUUUGCUAAUGGAAAAUGGCACUCCAUUGAUCCCGUUUCAGAAGCACUGGUUGUCAACAUUGGAGAUACAUUUGCAGCUUUAACAAAUGGGAUUUACAAGAGUUGCUUGCACAGGGCAGUGGUAAACAACCACACUGCAAGGAAAUCCAUUGCUUUCUUUUUAUGCCCAAAUUUCGACAAGGUGGUCACCCCACCAACCGAGCUGGUUAAUGCAGAACACCCAAGGUUGUAUCCAGAUUUCACAUGGUCAACUCUAGUUGCAUUCACCCAGAACCAUUAUCGAUCUGACAUGAACACUCUUGAUGCCUUCUCAAAAUGGCUUCAACAAAACAACUGAGAGGCUGUGUAAGGAGCAUAUUGGAGUACUUGCCACCUAAGGAAAACAAUGGGAUUGAAAAUUGGAGGGAACAUGACUAAGUGAUAGGCAUGUUCAUAAAAUAAAUCGCGAUGCGAAUGGUAAUAAAGAAGGGUUAAUUACACCACUAGACCUUAAUAUUUUACUGAAGUAUGCUUUACUCCACAAUGCUUUAAAAUGUGAUUGUUUGAUUCUUGGAGUUUUAUAUUCAAGGUUUCAAGUCCAUAUUUAAAUUGAAACCUUGAGGAUUAUACUACUGAAAUUGAAAUUUCACAUAGUGGAGUGUAAUUUGGUGAAAUGUUGUGGAUUUUUGGUGUCAUUUAACAAAAGAAAAUAAAGGUGGCAUAUUAUUAUCGGAAUAAAGAAUAAGAUGAGUGAGGUUUGCAUUGUA